GUACUUUUCGUGAACUACGGUGUCUUGGAAGGGGCUGGGGCUCGCUCGAAUGGCGGUGUGAAAGCGGAGUGGCUUGAGUCAGAUCCCUGGCAGGUUUCAUUGAAGAAACAGAGAUUCAUCCCAUUUCUAAGAUUAAUAUUUACAAUUUGGAUUUGUCGACCUUCUUGUAAGAUAUAUUUGGCAAUCAAAAUGAAAGCUUUCUUUGAAGUUUUAGAACAAUUAUACAGGAAGGUACUUCUUGGAGCCGCACUUGAAAAUGACAGCCAUGAUUACAUCUUUUAUCUCAACCCAGCAUUUUCAGAUCAAGAUUGCUCUACAACCACCUCCUCAGACUGCUCAAACAUCCUUGAUAUUCAGGGCAAGCAUCAGCCAUCAUCUGUCAAUUUGGCUACCCCUUCUGUAGCACGUGUGUGUUUGCAGAGACAUUUUCAGAUGAGCAGUACCCGAGAAAUAAUGCUACUUCAGUUAACAGUGAUCAAAGUGAUGAUAACCAGAAUAUUAUCUGUCGAAACUGAAUUGCAUGCAAAGGAGAAAUAUAGAGAUAUAAUUAAAAUUCUUUUAAAAUCAUCUGACAUUGAUUCUAAAUUAACCUGUAUGUUCCAAAACUCGGAUAAAUUGUUAUCUCACAUGGCUGCAAAGUGCCUUGCACUACUUCUGUAUUUCCAAUUGAAGGAAAAGAUAACAUUGAGUAAUUCCUGGAUUUCUUUUUGCCAAGAAAACCUUUCUGAAUAUUCUGAAAGUGAUAAAGUAGUAUACUGCCUCUGGAUGCUUACCUUUGUAAUAAAAGAAAUCUUUAAAGAUACAUGUUCACAAAAAACAGAAAUUCUAAAGCAGUUCCUGGCUCCUUUUGACACUAUUUUUGAAGUCUUUUACAAUUCCUUAUUUUCUCAGAAUUUUGAAAACCACCAAGAUACUUCUAAACUAAUAAACAGCUUGAUAUGUUUCCUGGAAUUGCUUGAAAUUCUUAUAGCCUCCAGAAUCCACUUGAAGUUACAUUUCACUUGCCAGAGGAUUUUAUUUUUGAAACCUUAUUGCGUGUUCAACGUUAUUACCUGGCCUAUUCAGGCUUUUGUCAAAAGGAAAUUCAUCAUAUUCAUCAAAAAGUGCCUUCUCUGCAAAGUGGGUGAAGACCUUUGUCGGGGAUCUGUCCCUAUCUUCAUGGCACCAGAUCAUCCUUUAGAUGUGGACCUGUUGACUUUAGCUGAUGCUGUUCUGCAAGCUGUGGAUUUGGGCUUGUUGAGGACACUGUCUGUCUAUGGAAAACCUUCCUGCUUUGGAGGCGAUGAAGUCCAACCUGGAUGUGAGUGCGUUCCUGGUCCAGAUCAUGUGAUCCUUAGAGCAGCGAGCUUACUUAUCAUUAGAUCCUUAGAAAUCAAGUUUCAAAAUGGUGCUUCAGCAAAUGAAAUGAAAGUUGAUUUACAGAGGUUCAUGUCUGAGUUACUGACCUUCUUAAAGCCUCACCUUCAGCCCUCUCUGCAAUCACACAAUCUUUGUGAGUGGUUGUCUAGGGUCUUCAUAGAACAAGAUGAUGACAUGUUGGAGGCUGCCAAAAUAGCAAUGAACAUCUACCUGAAGUUGACCAGAGAAUGUGAAGCUACUGAAAACUUGACCCAAGAAAAAGAAAUGUGGAACCAUCACACACAUGAAAAUGGCUAUAAUCCACACUGUAUUUUUUUAUUCUUUUUAAAAAAUAUAGGAUUUGAUUCUACAGUUCUUCUUGAUUUUUUGAUUUCAUUAGAAACCUGUUUUCUUGAGUAUUUUGUUAGAUAUUUAAAAUUAUUGCAAAAAGACUGGGAUAAUUUUUUCACCAUUUGCAAGUACUUUGAGAUAACUGAAUCUAAAGAUAACAUAAAUAUUUGUUGUUGUAUCUCCUCACUUGUCCAAGACAGAAGCAGCAACCAAACAGAACCUAGUCCUUUGGCUGUUCUUGAUAAUCACAGAGAUGCUCAUGCUUGGGUCUCCUGGGCUUCUGAAGCUUCUUCUGAACCACUGAACCAUGUUGUGAUGUCUGAGGAGGCCCAGGUCACACUCCAGGCUAAUAGUCGAUCUCCCCCACGAACUUCUCAAAGUCUGGUAGAUUAUGAAACCUCUGAUGAUUCUGAAGAAGAAUCCACAGACCAGCAUUUAGCAAACAGUAGACUAACAUCUUUACACCAAGAAGCAAUGAAGAAAAUUCAGGACACAGUUGGAACAAGUAGGGAUAAAAAAGAACUUAGCCUGGAGUCUCAGUCAAGGUCUCUGGUUCCCAAAGAAUCUAAUACUCUCUUCUCUGUUGAUUGUGACAUAGGCGCAAAUAACAUUGCUUCUAAAGUGGGAAUAUCUUACAGAACAGUAAAGUGCUUUGAAGAGCUACAAGGUGCCAUUUAUCGUUUGCAGAAGAAAAAUCUGUUCCCGUAUAAUCCAACAGCACUUUUGAAGUUGUUAAAACAUAUUGAGACAAUAUAUAAUAGAAGUAUGACUCCUUUGUAAAA